CUUUCGCGGCAGUCAGGCCAGCCGAGCCCGUCUCCAGCUCCGGGCAGCGGGGCAGAGGGCCCGGCCGGCGGGGCAGCCAUGGAGGCGGCGGCGCGAAGGCGGCAGCACCCGGGAGCGGCGGGUGGCCCGGGCGCGCAGCCGGGCGCCUCCUUCCUGCAGGCCAGGCACAGCUCCGUCAAGGCUGAUGAGGCUGCCAGCACGGCUCCCUUCCACCUUGAUCUCUGGUUCUACUUCACCCUGCAGAACUGGGUUCUAGACUUUGGCCGCCCCAUUGCCAUGCUGGUGUUUCCUCUCGAGUGGUUUCCUCUCAACAAGCCCAGCGUGGGGGACUACUUCCACAUGGCCUACAACAUCAUCACGCCCUUUCUCCUGCUCAAGCUCAUCGAGCGGUCCCCACGCACCCUGCCGCGCUCCAUGGUCUAUGUCAGCAUCAUCACCUUCAUCAUGGGCGCCAGCAUCCACCUGGUGGGUGACUCUGUAAACCACCGCCUGAUCUUCAGCGGCUACCAGAACCACCUGUCAGUCCGUGAGAACCCCAUCAUCAAGAAUCUCAAGCCGGAGACGCUGAUCGACUCCUUUGAGCUGCUCUACUACUACGACGAGUACCUGGGCCACUCCAUGUGGUACAUCCCCUUCUUCCUCAUCCUCUUCAUGUACUUCAGCGGCUGCUUCACUCCCACCAAAGCUGAGAGCUCAAUGCCAGGGGCAGCCCUGCUCCUGGUGGUGCCCAGUGGCCUGUACUACUGGUACCUGGUCACCGAGGGCCAGAUCUUCAUCCUCUUCAUCUUCACCUUCUUCGCCAUGCUGGCCCUUGUCCUGCACCAGAAGCGCAAGCGCCUCUUCCUGGACAGCAACGGCCUCUUCCUCUUCUCCUCCUUUGCCCUCACCCUCCUGCUCGUGGCGCUCUGGGUCGCCUGGCUAUGGAAUGACCCCGUACUCAGGAAGAAGUACCCCGGCGUCAUCUACGUCCCUGAGCCCUGGGCCUUCUACACCCUCCACGUCAGCAGCCGACACUGAGUCCGGGGCACUGGCCACUGGUGCUCUGCCGGGUGGGAGAUGGGCCAUCGAGGGCAUCUGAGCAUGGGGAGUGUGUGUGUGUGUGUGUGUGUGUGUCCACCCACGUGUGUGCAACCCAUGGCUUAGAGCAUGGGUGAGAGUAUGCAUCGUGCGUGUGGUUAGUCGUGUGUAUGUGUGUUUGUGUGCACAUGCACACACAUGCAGAGUGUAUCACUGUGAGACUGAAUUGUUUUGGUCAAGUUUCCAUUUGGUUUGCCUCUUCAGGAUGGGAUGUAGUUUGAGACAGUGUGUCCAGGCCAAGAGCUGGGGCCUGCCUUCCUGUGCAUCUGAUGGAAUCGGGCCCUCUCACUUCCACUGCUCAGGGCUACCUCUUCUUCCCGGGCUGUCUUCUGGUAGCCGUGCUGGAGAGGCCUUGGUGGGGCAGAGGUUGGGAGGGGACUUGGUCUUUCACCUACUACCUGGUUCACUCCUCAGGCCCGCCCUGACCCUGGAGGCCAGAUUACACGGGUUACAUGAACUCGCCGUGUAUUAAUGAGCAAAGCACAUCCCUUCCCUGGGCCUCAUUUGCACGAGUUGGGCCCACGGUCCCAAAGCGGGUUGGUGGGCGGGUUGCAGUCUCCUCUUGGGGCACCCUUAGGAGGGGUGAGUGGUUCUACCCCGCCCCUGCCCUCUCUGACCCUGGGAGGGGUAUGUGCACCCCAGAUCCUCACCCAACCUCAGGCUGCACGGGGUGUUGAGCCACCCGACCGUGGGGAGCCAGAGGCCAGCCCUCCCCGCCACUCACCGGCCUGAUCUCAGGGUCUGGCAGUGGUCUCUGAUCUCCUUCUGCCAGAAGCUCCCUCUCCCUCCCUGCUCCAGGAUCAUGGCACCCCUUCGUGUGAGGCUGACUGCAGGUUUCUGAGUGGCCGCCGAAGGCAGAGUUCUCACGCACUUGCACUGUUCCCUGAGCCGCUCACUAGGGGUGGGCACGUCGUGAGGCUCUUCAGACAGCCUUGUCUCAGCCUCAGUCUCUGCCUGCCGCCAGCAGGCCUGCUCCCAGGAAAGGGGCCCUCGUUCCCCAUGGGAUGCCACCGCCCGCCUCCCCCGAGGCACUGGGGCCCGGUCUCCUCCCACAGCUGCAGGCCCACGGCCUCAUUUCCCAGCAGUGCCGGCCUGCGUGUGCGCAGGGGUCUCGGGGGCCUGCCUCGCCUCCCCCAGCCCCGCCUCCUCUCCUGUGCUCUCAGGGAGUCCUGUGCCUCAGGGCCUCCUUUCACCCUGCAUGCAGUGGUCCCCCAGCCCCCGUCAGUCCCCGUCUGCUGGCAGCAUCAGGGGUGAGAAGUGUGACUAAAGGCGGUGUGGAGCCCAGCCUGGCUGGCUGCUGCUGCUUCUUACUUGGGAGUGAAUUUGGGAGGCAGGAGGAGGGCGGUCCCUGGAGCAGGGGAGGGAGUGGCUGGUCUGGGGCCCAGGCAGGAGCCCUGGGCUGACCCCAAGGGCCCACUCAGCCCCGUGUGGCUGAGAGCAGGUGCUGCCACUGUCCCCUGGCCCUCCGUGCCACUUAGUAGGAUCCUGCGGUUGGGGGUCACCAGCAAGAAGGGCCUCCUCUAGGUCCCAGCUCUCUUCAGAGGAGUCUGGGGGGGGAGGUCACAGGGGUGGGGACCAGCAUAGGGCAUCUCCAGACCUGCCCCUCAGAGAUGUCCCACUGAGCCUCCCAGCUGUGCUGCCAGCCCGUUCCAGAGGCUGAAGCAGAGAGGGUGCCCUUUGGGGGAAGGUGGCGAGCCUGGUUUGUGGGAGGUUGGCACUUAGCCUUGGGCAAGCUGUUUAAUCCCCCGGGUCCUCAGCUCUUGAUCUUUGAGGGUCUCAGCCUCACCACACGGCCACCAGGGGCUUUGUGGGCUACUGUUACUAGAAAACACAGGGGAGGGCCACGCUGAACAGGAGACGCAUCAUUGUAGGCCAUGUUGUGAUGAGAAAAACAGCUUCUGAGGAAAGCAGCUUUGUUUUUCAGGCUUGCUGCUGAGACAUGUUACAGUACGGUAACCCUCCUCACACCCGGAGUGUGGACAUAAAGACGGGAGUUUAGGAUUCCCACUUUGCUUUUCCCAGGCACCUUUUAAAAUAACCACUCAGCGUUUAAACCCAUAAAAAGCUGGUGACUUCCGCCCCUACCGCUGUAUGAUAGGUGCUUGGUACCCUGCUCUCCUCUCCCUCAGGACCUGGGACGGGGGAUGGUCCUUCCCCUGGCUCAUUGCGCCCCCUGGCCUCUGGGAUCUGAAAUAAUAAAUC